UCUUGAACCGUGGGUUUUAGUGGGGGCGAUCUCGGUUGCUGCCCCACCAUCCCCAGCUUCGCUUGCCGCACCACACUUCGUCAACUCGUCUUCUUGGUUACUCUGCGCGCUCUCCGCAGGAGGACUGAGGUUGGGACGAUGUUGGCGCGGUCACCCGUUCCCACAACGAGCCCAGCCAAUGCAUCUCCUCGAAGCAAUUUUCACGGCUUCCACUAUGCCCCUGCGCCCUCGCCUCGAUACUCUUGUCCCCGGGCCCCGGCCGUUGCCAAACCUCGCCGGCCGUCUAGCUCUCCCGCUUCCACAAUAGUCGCGCCCGCGGCCUCGCAGCCGAAGCGACAUGUGGCCGUGGACGCCGUGACUCAGUACUCGUCGAUGGAGUCCAUGAACUACGCCGCCGGCGCAUUGCUUCCGCGGGCACCACCGACCACAGACAGCCACGAUCCAUCCACAUCCCAGAAAACAAUGGCCGCCCCCGAAGAGGGGUCCGCCGUCGCCGGGCAGCCGCCGGCGAAGAUCAAAAAGGAAUUGCCUUCCGGUGCGAAGCAGCGCACCGAGGCACCGACCCUUCCAAGCUCCCCGUCUAAGCGAAGAAUUUCGCAGGAGCCGGGUAGCAUAAGGACGUCCGCGUCCGAACCGUCGCAAAACCCCUCAAAAGAGGCCAAGCGGGCAAAGCCCGACACGGCGCCUCCAAAGGUCCUGCCGCUACGAUAUGAGCUCUGUCCCGUCGAAGAUAUUGUAGUCCUGAUUGCGCAUAUGCUGGGAGAACUUAUCGAGACGAACGAUACGCUUGCCCUCAGAUCAGGGCACCUAACCAGAUUCCAUUCCCGGACUGCCCCGGGAAUAUCAGUGCUAGAUUACCUUCACCGCCUCGCGAAGCACGCCACACUCACCCCGCCCCUCCUACUGUCCAUGGUUUACUACAUUGAUUGCCUAUGCGCGCUAUAUCCCGAUUUCACCAUCAACACACUUACCGUGCACCGGUUCCUUAUCACCGCCGCCACCGUCGCGGCCAAGGGUCUUUCAGACGCGUUCUGGAACAACUCCACGUAUGCCAGAGUUGGGGGAGUAAAGGUCGCGGAGCUUAAGCUGCUGGAACUUGAGUUCCUGCACAGGGUAGACUGGAAGAUUGUGCCGAACCCGGAGGUUCUGGUCGCAUAUUAUACAGGACUUGUCGAACGAUGCCCCGGAUACGUCCUUGAGGGGAGCGAGGAGAGCGGGGAUGCCAACGACAGUGACUCCUUGGAAGACAGCGACGAACUCGAGGACGAUGGUACCGCCGAGGAAGACCAAGGGGCGGCCGCUGCCGGUGGGACAGUCGGGGAGCAGGUAUGACCAAUAGGGAUGAGCGGGAGUUCCUCAUCACCGGAAGGCGUGUGAUGAAGUUGUG